AUGGAGGUCAUCGCAGCUGCCACAACAGUCUGUGCUCUAUGCAAGAGCAUUGUGCAAUGGAUCGACCAACUAGUGCAAAAGGAGCAGCUUUUGACCCAGAUAUCGUCGAGCGUAAUGCAGCUAUAUCACAUUCUCAAGCCAUUCUCCUCUGAAUCAUUCAAAGGAAAGGGUGAGGCUGAAUUGUCGCAGGCAAUCCUGGCAGUAGGCGAUGCAUUGCAGAGAACAAAAGAGCACCUUGUCGUAUGGAAGUAUAAGAAGGCAAAACGCAUCAUGGCUUUUGUCAACCCUGGAUCCCAAAUUCAGCAGUUGCAGGAAGACCAGAAGCAUAUCAACAACCAGCUCAUCAUCUUGCUCACAGCCAUGGCUGCAGUUGGCUACUUCCGCGAUCACUCGAACGAUUCGCAAGGGACAUCCAGCAGCAUAGAGUCGCCUAGCUUCUCGGAUGUAUCCACAAAAACCUUGGUUCCUCAGAUGGAAGAAAUGGGCGAUGGAGAUGCGAAGGCGUUCUGGAGGGAUUACAUUGGCGUUAAGGUCAACUUUGUGACCGUCGAUGUUUUUCAGUCUAGAUUGCAAUCUUGGUAUCAAGAAUUCAAAGGCAACAUUCCCCAGAGAGCUUCUGAACGCAUGAUCAUGCGAUUGGACGAAUUCAACUGCGGAGGAAUAACACCAUAUAACCUUGAUUUAGCGUUGGAAGGGAGUACCCUGAAAGAAUUUGUUGAAAAUUAUAUCAAAGGGGAAAAACCGAGGUCAUUUCAGUAUUCAAGAACCCGCAAUACAUCUACCAGCACUACUGUCAAUGAUCAAGCAUUACGUGUUCCUCUUCUGGUCUGGAUAGAUGAUUGUCCAGAGAACAAUGUAUAUGAAGUAUCUAAAGCUCGUCUAUCUGGAAUCAUGGUUGUCGAGCUUUCUUCGACCGCCAUCGCCAAGGCUUGGAUUGAGGAAAACUUAGACUUUUUACUUGACAAUGAUCAUCCAUCAACUCUUCGAUUCAUUUCGGACAACGUUCGACUAGAAAGGGAAAACUUCCUUCAGUAUCUACGUGCGCGGUUCUUUGAGGCCCCUGUCCUUAUAUACACGGGGGCCAGUGUUGUAACCACACGCUAUGUCUGUUCUUAUGAUGCAGCGGGAUCUACGACCAACCUCGGUACUUGUUUGAGGUAUAUCCUGGGUCUGGCUUCUGGAGAUAGUGAUGAUACAUUUUGGAGAGGGUUUAACACUGCCGUCGCCCAUUUGUAUGCUCUGACAACAGCGUCGAAGGUCAAAGGCAAGCAUUUAAUCACGGCCCAAUUUACAGUUCUAACAACAGUGCUCUUCGCAUCAAGGCAUGUGCAGAGAGAGAGACAGCUGUGGGAAUCGGGCGGUUCAUCAUCCUCUGCGAGCUUGCUUUACACCAUGCGGAACAAGGCUGAGCUCAGUCCCUAUCCCCGAGACCAAUAUCAGCACUGCAUCCCAAGAUUCAUUCUACGAAAUUUUUUGGAAGGACCUCGUAGCUUCAUUACAAAACGUGAUCGACUCAAGUUGUUUCGCAAAAUAAAAAAGAAAGGGGAAGAGCAUGAUACCGAACGGAUAUCGUUCUAUCACAUACCUUCAGGUAUGCUGUACAAUCGGCCAAUAGCGAAGGUGUAUGGAUCCACAAAUCUCUACCGCGACUUCUCAAACCCCAUAGACGUUGACCACCUGGAACGUCAAUUUUCAAAGCUAGAGCAAGAAGCUUCGCUAGCAAUAAAGGCCAUAUAUCGUGGGAUCCAUCAACAAAUGUUUACUUUAUCACGGAAAGAGCUUGCUACGGUGCGAAAGUUCAUUUUUCUGAUGCACUUUCGCAACGAUGCGGUUUCAUCGACCUAUUUCCACGAGAACAAUCCUACCAAUGCACCUCUCGUUGACUGGAUUAGAAAAUACAAAGAGACUCGACAGCUCAAAACCGACGUCGACGUUUGGAAGGAUGGUCUAAAAUACUACCUCAAUACUCCACAUCACGAGAUAGUCGCAACCGGAGAGCGACUCCGGGAAAGGUACGGGGAAUUCAGGCUCCAAGAGAUGCUGAGGAAACGACUCGACCCAGACAUCGAGGAAUGGUAUGCCAUUGACUACGAAAGUCUUGCGAAUUACUUCUUCCUCGGUGUCUGGGAAGCGGCGGACGACUCUGACUUUGUGUUAAGUGGGAAUGGAUUUGGGCUAUGGGAGGGGUUGAUAUAUGGAAGUCCGGGGGCCCAUAGACUUUAUGUCGUGAGCCCCCGGAUCGUCAUCGUUCUUCGCCGGACCUUCCUCCACCAACCACACUCUAAUGACCCUUCUAUCCUUUACAGCUGUCUUGCUGAUAUCCCCAUUAUGCCUCCGAACAUCAACUACGCAGACCCCAGUGCUUUUGAAAAUCUCGACGACAGCGAUCCGACACUUUUGAGGAAUAUACGCGACGCAUAUCGAUGCUCAGAGCAGGCCCAGAAGGACCAAUUUACGUUCAGAAUUACCAAGCUAUCGAAAGCUCAGACAUACGCCGUCAAUGAGGUAACAAUGAUGAACGCUAAUCUUCAUCCCGAGGGCUCUCUCACCUUCGCCUCUCCUGCAGCAAUGCUCGACACACUCCAGUUAUAUAUGGCCUCUCACAACACAUUUCUUGGUGGGAAAAGAAGAUUAUUUAUGCCACUUGUGCAACAGUUGGUUGGGCUCUGCUGCCAGGAUUCUUCCCCAACCACUCAGGCGACGCUAGAUUUUCCUUGGCACGCUGACACAGACGCUGAUCGACAGCUACACAUGUUCUUACGCUUCAUAGUUGCCAAUUCCGUUUCAUUCCCUUCUUCAUAUAAUCGUGCAUACAUUAUCUAUCAUAUGUCAACCGACAUCCCCUCCCUUUCCAAUCCAGUGUCAAGUAAAAUCCGGGAGAUUCAGAGAGAAGCGGUUCAAGCUCUCCGGCAUAUCCUUGAUCCACCCCUUCUUCCCUGCGCCAAAUCAGACUCUUCUCUUUCCCCGCGAAAUAUUGUGGAAACUCUACCCAACGACGAAUCAGAGUUAUUCUUCUCGUUAGUUGGCCAUCAGAUGAACCACCUGCAGGUUGGCAAAUACACCAACGACAUUCUGGCCAAUAUUAUCUAUGAGGCUUCAAUUAUUGGAGUCACUCAUUGGAUUGCUAAUAAUAGGCCUGACGUGCUCUUUGAACUGGUAGGAAAUUGGGCCACUGUAGUAGCCUAA